AUGUCCGCAGCAUCAACGCUCACUUUAAGCACUACUGACCUAUAUCACUGUAUAAAGCACACCCAGCAGCAAGCAAUAACCUCAUCCCCGCAGUUCAGCCCGAAGUUUUAUUUCACGGUGCUUAUCACUAAUGAUUUAAUUGCUUUGCUCGGAAAAGUCCCUAAUGAGUUGCUUUUAACGGGACUUUCCAACAUUCAGUAUAUUGCUGAUACUAUCUCUCCGAAGUCCUUUUACCCAUCCCCUCAAUCAUUAUUCACCAAACGUACUGCACCAUUUAUUCCGAACUAUCCUCAUAAAAUGCAUACACUGGUGCUGGACUUAGAUGAGACUUUAGGGCACCGAUUCCAAGAAAAAUAUUUGGUAAGGCCAUUUGUGUCAGAAUUUAUAAAUUCACUUACUCUAAUUUUAUAGCCCAAAAAAAACUAUUUUUAUUUUAAAAAUAGAUUCAAUAUUAUUCAAUUAUAUGUAAAACCAAUAAAUUUACUUACAAGUCUAAGAGCUAGUGAAUAUUUCGAAAUAAUUUUGUUCACUGCUGCUUCACAAAGAUAUGCAGAUAGUGUUAUGAAUUUGGUUGAUCCGCAAAAAAAAAUAAAUUUAAGACUCUAUAAGCAGCACACUAUAGAGAUUGACGGAGUCUUAGUAAAAGAUUUGGCCUGCCUUGGGCGAGACCUUUCUAAAGUUAUUAUAAUAGAUAACUCUGCAGAUAGUUUUCAAAGGCAGCCCGCAAAUGGAAUUGAAAUUGAGUCAUGGGUUGGCGACCCAAACGAUCGUGAUUUAAAAGAUUUAUUGCCUUUCCUCAUAAAAAUUGCUACUGAAAAUACUGAAGAUGUAAGAAUAGCUCUUACUCCCCCCCCCCCCCUCCGUGAGCGAACAAAAAAAUUUUGUUCGCUCACGGAGGGGGGUUAAUUUUUUUUUUAAAAAAAAUUUAUAUAUAAAUUUUAUAAAAAAUAUUUUUUUCGAAAUUUAAAAAAAUCCUAAUUUGCAAAAAUUGGGAAGCAAAUAUUAAUUUAAUUUGCAAAAUUUAUGUUUUAAAACGCAAUUUGUUUAAAAUUAAACAGAAUUAGCUCUAGAUUUCAUUAUACUAAUUAUCACUUAUAUAUCAAAAUUUUUUUCCAUUAAAAUUUUUUCUAUUAAAAAAAUUUUUGUUCACUCACGGAGGGUGGGUUUUUGGUCAAAAAAUGGCGAUUUUUCUAAUGGUUUUGUUCGCUCACGGAGGGGGGGGAGUUAGCACUUUAAAAAUGAAUAAUUAA